AUGACAAUGGAUGCUAUGAACUGUGCCACGUUUGUGUUUCGUCGAGCCAAGCAAAAAAUCCAAGACUUCCUUCACAACACAAUUGAACCUCCUGCUCCUCCUCCUUCUCCUCCGCCUCCUCCUCCUCGUGGACGUCUUCACAUGUUGUCCAGCUUCUUUCGGAGCGCCCUGCCGCCACGCCUGCACUCCCGUCACCAAUCAGUGACCUCUCCAAGCCUGACGUUGACUCCGAACUCUCCGUCGAAGGUAUGCUUUGAUCAACAGACAGCAGGCGGCCCCGACAACAUCAAUGGCGCGUCUCGCCAGAAUCGUAUGCGACGCCGGCGACGGGGCCACAAGAGCGCAGAAAUUCUUCCUCCAAUUCGGCCACACUCAGAAAAGAGUUCGCUUCUUUCAAAAGAAAAGGAUGCCAAUCCAAAAGAGAUCACUGAUGACGCCGGCCCCACAGGAUCAGCACAGGCAUGCAUCUCUGAAGAAAGCAAUGAUGAUGGUGGGAAUACGUCACAGUAUCGUCACAGUCCAACUGUGAUGAAGGCAAGACAGCUCCGCUACGUAUCAGAGAGAACGCCUGAAUCUCUCAGCGGUAGCUUCCCAUCUUUCUACCCAGCCGCUUAG